UCCAAAGAUUACCCAUGAUUACCAUGUUACGACCAGAUAUGGAUGACCUGUUAUAGAACCGUAGUUUAUGUGUAAUUUACGAGUACGCGUCAUAUGUCCCUUGGGCCCAAGUUAGCCGAUCGACGAUAACACGUCCUGCCGGUGUUGCGAAUGCACACACGCCGCUCCCCACAGUCAUCUCAAUGGUCCUGGCCACACCGACUGUUACCGUAUGUAGGAAUAUCCGUCAAUGAAUUUAAAUAAUCUCCACAAUGCUCUCUCUUCACCCUUCUUCCUCCCACCGUCUCCGUUAGGUGAGUACAUGACUUUCAGCACCCGAGUCGCGGUUGUGAGUUAGUUGCCUUUUUCGUAAUGGUUUUAACAUAUCACUUGAAACGUCACUGAAUCUAGGUCAAGGAUUGCGUAUUAAAGUACCUACCCGAUAUUUCAAUACAAGUAUAUUAUUAUAAAGGUAUGUUUUUUAAAUAUUAUUGUAGAACUGAGUUGAAAUUGUACUACACUCCUGGCAGUCCGCCAUGCAGAUCCGUUUUGCUGACUGCCAAAGCUUUGGGUUUGGAAUUUAAAUUGAUAACUGUAGAUCUCUUUAAGGGUGAUCACAUGAAACCAGAAUUUCUUAAACUAAAUCCUCAACACAGUAUACCGACACUGGAGAUUGGUGAAUUUAUUAUGUGGGAGAGCCGUGCAAUUAUUGUGUACUUGGUUCAAACUUAUGGAAAAUACAAUGAUCUGCUGUUCCCCAAGGACAAGAAAAAGCAAGCGCGGAUCAACCAAAUACUGCAGUUUGACUUGGGCACCUUAUACCCGGCUUUUCAAAGGCAAUACUACCCGUGGCUUUUUGGUAAAGAAUUGAAAACCAAAGACAAAGAGCAGAAAAUCCACGACGCACUCGGGUUUUUGGAAACCUUUUUGGGAUCUAACGAUUGGGUUGCUGGCGAUUCAAUGACUUUGGCCGAUAUGGCUUUGGUCGCUUCCAUUUCGACCUUUGAGGUUGCCGGUGUUGACUUGAACAAACAUGUCAAAGUCUCUAAAUGGCUUCAAAAGUGCAAGACUACAAUGGAGGGAUACAAAGAUGCCAAUCAAUAUGGAGUAGAUCGAUUCAAAGCCUUGGUAGAAAAGAAAUUAGCUGACUCAGUAGCACAAAAGGAACAGGGAAUUGAUGUUGGAGAAAUUCAGGAACAUAAUACAGUACUUGUUACCAAUUAUAAAGUAUUUAAAGCGACUAAAACACUAUUAAGAGCUGUAAAAGAUCACCUCAUAGCCGAAGAAUUCUCUGAAAUAUUAAAACAAUUAGAGACAGCCAUGGAGGCCAUAGUAAAUUAGAAAUUUAAAAAUGUAAUAAGUUAUAUCUACAAAACACUAAAAUUAACUAAAUUUAAUUUAAAUUAUGUAUAUAUGUGUUUACUUUGUAUCUUGACAAGUAAUGUAGUCCAUUUAUUACUAUGAAUGUAAAAAAUAAAAUGUUUUUAAAAGUUCGAAUCACCGCUUAUACUGAUAAAU